AUGCUUACCUCCGCUGGUGAGGGCGCAUGCGUUGCACCUGUAUGCGUAAACAACCCUGCUGCUUCUGUUGCUGCUGCUGCUGCUGCUGCUGCUGCUGCAGCAACAGCAGCAACUGCAGAAGCAGUACCAGCAGAAGCAGCAAACGCAGCAGCAACAACAGAAGCAGCAGCAACAACAGAAGCAGCAGCAACAACAGAAGCAGCAGAAGCAGCAGUUACAGCAGCAGCAGCAGCUACAGCAGCAGCAGCAGAACCAGCAGCAGCAGGGGAGAGCGUUGCUUGCUCUGUAUCUCUCGAUCAAAGAGAAGAAAAAGAAAGAAAAAAAGAAGGAGACAGAAAAAAAGAAAAAGAAGGAGACAGCAGAGAAAAAGAAAAGAGACAAGAAAGAGACACAAGAGGAGACAGAGACAGCGAAGAAAAAGAAAAAGAUAAAAGAGACAAAGAAGAGGAAAGCAGAGACAGAGACAGGGGCCCUGGUGCUGCUGCAUGCGUCGCCGCUGCUGCAGCAGAAACAAAAAUAAAUAUAGAUACACUCGUAAAAGAAGAAACAACAGCAACUGAAGCCAACAACAACAACAGCAGCAGCAGCAGCAACAGCAGCAGCAGCAACAGCAGCAGCAGCAGCAAAACAACAGCAGCAGCAGCAAACAACAACAACACCCUCUGCCUCAACCCCCAAGAGAAGAAGACACAGAAAGCUCAGCGGCAGCUGCAUGCAGCACCAGCAGCAGAGACACCGCAAUCUGCUGCCAGCAGACGCUCGCAAGCAGAUACCAAGCCCAAGACUGCUGCUGCUGCUGCUGCUGCUGCAGCUGCUGCUGCUGCUGCUGCUGCUGCUGGUGCGCGCAGCGGCAAGGCUGCAGAUCCCCUUGAUGCAUGCACUCUGCGCUCGCUGAGCUCAGUAGGAGGAAGGAGAAAAUUACAUACGGCUGCUUCAGCAUCUCUUGCUGCUGCUGCUGGCAGCAGCAGCAGCAGCAGCAGCAGCAGGGAAACGGCUGUGGGAGAGGCUGCAUCGGCUUCUUGCACUGCUCCUGCUGCUGCUGCUGCCGCUGCUGCUGCUGCUGCUGCUGCUGGUGAGAAAGGGCAGCGGACGCGGAAGCUUCCUCUGGCCCGCGUGGCCUCGCUGGCGUUGCAGCGGCAGCAGCAGCGGCAGCAGCAGCAGGAGGCCCCGCAGCUGAAGGCAAAUCAAGGGCUCAGCAGCAGCAGCAGCAGCAGCAGCAGCAGCAGUAGAGUCCGCCCCCAAGACUGCAAAAGACAGGAGGGGGGGCAGACAGGGGCCCUGGUGCUGCUGCAUCCGUCGCCGCUGCUGCAGCAGAAACAAAAAUAA